CAAGAUGCUAGGUAAACCCUACGAUCAAGCAUGUUUAAGAAAAGAAGGAAUCACUUCCCAGUUCUUUCCGGCACCUUUCAAGGGCCUCGCUUAAGGUCUCGGACAACCUCUGAAUACUUCGACGUGCAGUUAGGCUAGGCUUCACCCGAAACCCUAGGCUGCCGUUCAGGAAGCAACCGCGAAUACAAUAUAUAAACAUCGCAUACCUCUAUUUCAUCGAAUCCAUUUUCCACAAACUUUCCAUUACGUACUCUUAUUCAUACUCUUCUUCCAAACUCCAAAUCCCGCAAUGGCCUCCGCAGCUCCUAAAGAAGGUCUAGAAAUCAACGUCACAGGCUCAGGCUAUGUAGUCCACGCUGCCGAUCGCGCCAUCCUAGUCCUCCAAGCGCAAUCACGACAACUUCCUAGCCCAGCUGAGGCAUCUGCAGCAGUAACUAGCACCGCGAAUGUACUCCGCGAAGCCAUCCUCCCCCAUUGCUACCAAGACAAUACAGCAGGUCACGCAAUGGGUGGAGCUGCUAUAUCGCACUAUUCCAUGAGCACACUCGACACUUCCAACCACCAGCAACGGCCCGACAAAGAUGGCAACAUGUUUCCGACUACGUACUCUGCGCGUGUGGAGUUCCAUAUUAAGUUCUCAGAUUUUGAUGUGCUAAACACGUUGGCGACGAAGUUUUCGGCAAUGGAAAAUAUUAAGAUCCAGAAGAUCAAUUGGUGUCUUACUGAUGACACACUCAAUGGUAUCCGUGGCAGUGCGAGGAAACUCGCGGCACAGGACGCCAUUCAGAGGGGUUGGGAUUACGCGGAGGUGUUUGCAAGAGUGCCAGCUGAGGACCUAGCGAAAAAGGUAGUCGCGACAAGUGUCAAGGAGGAGACGUAUUAUUCUCAGAGCACGAGGCCGCAGUUGCAUUAUGGGAAGAAGUUGAGGAUGGAGGGGACGCACCCACAGGGAAGAGAGGAGUUGCAGUUUCAGCCUGAGGAUGUCAGGUUGGAGGCAAAGGUUUCAGCGAGGUUUAUUGUAGGUGUUUGAGGGAUCAUAAAGUCAUCCGAAUGACUGAGAGCUUGGAACUAGUAAGGGGCUUGAGGGACAGAUGCUAUUCUGGUUAAGUAGCAGUGCAAGAACUAGGAAGUUGGAAUGUAUCAGUAAAAUAAAAGCUAAAGCGACAGCUCGAUAGCUAGAGGCUUGAAUCUGGCAAGGGUACUAUGGCA